AUGGAGGAGCUAGAGGAAUCGGAUACAGAAGAUCAAACUGAUAACAUCCAAAAUAUUCUUUGUGAAGAACCAGACUUUUCAUCUAUUAAAUCCAAUGAUAUUAUCCAGGAUUGUGAGGUGUGUCAAGAAUGUGAUAAGCCUAUUUUAACAGAAAACCCACCUAGGUCGCUCAUUUUAAAUGUUUGUGGUGAUAUAGUCCAUCGGACUUAUACGAGAAAACCUGAUAAGAGAGGUGUAUUAGAAUGCUCGUGUGGUAUGGCUGAUGAUAAAGAUCCGUCAUUGUCUUCAGAAGAAAUGGAUAUGGAUGAGAAGAAUAAUGAGGAUGGGAAAGUAGAAUCAACUCUGCCAGAGGAAACUGACUCAGCUUCUAACAGUAAGAGCAAAAAACAGGCUAAUGAGGAUACAGAUUCUUCAGCCAGCAAGAAAUCUAAGAAAUGUGAUCUAGAUGAGGACUUCAACAUUUUAAAAAGACUCAUCCGGGAGUUGUCUUCUGAUACCACUCAAAUUUCAGUAAUUAAGGAAAAGAAAGGUUUCCAAAGAGAAUCAAUGCAAGAAGAUAGAAGCAUCCAAAUUUUUUUUGAUCUGUAUUUUAAGAUCACUAAUGCUGAAGAAGAAGAAUACAAAGAACAUGAAGCCCUAAAGAAGCUUUACGAUGAGGUUAAAGAUCAGCUUCCCAAAGAGGUUACCAAAAACGCUAUUCAGAAGAAAUCGAACAGGGCAAGGAAGGUCUAUGAUCUUUUUUUUCAUAUUACCAAUAAUAAAAUUCAACGGAUGGUAUUCAUCGGACGAAUAAAAUCAUUUUCAGCAACAUCUAUUUUGAAUCUAAGUGAUGAUAAUAUCAGAUAUGUAGCAUUUCAG